CGCCGCGCGAGGAGCUGCACACGACCGCAGCCUGCGCUCAGACUGCACCUCGCGCUACUGAGCCCGACCGACAGCCUCUCGAGCGCGUCGCCGACCCUGGCUCCUCCUCCUCCCCCGCCCCCUCACCUCGUCGACCCGACCGCGACCUCGUUCACCAUGGCGCCCAACGUGCGCCUGCUUCUAUGGGGCCUCGUCCUCGGCGUCCUGGCGGCCUUCCUGCCUCGUCUCGAUCUGCCGUCCAUCCUCCCCGCGAGCGUGUCGUCGCGCCUCCCCUUCCUCCCCUCGCACGCCCUUCACACGACCGAGGUCGGCAAGCGGUGGGCCGGGCCCUUUGCGCGGUACCAGGCCGGCAUCGAGCCGCACCCGGGGCACGAGCACUCGGUCGAGGCCGACUGGGAGGCCGAGAUCGAGAUGCAGCUCCGGUUCGGCAGCAAGGAGAGCGGCAGGGAGCUCGAGAAGGAGUACAAGCGCCAGCUGAGGGAGGUCGAGCGCAGGGCAGAGCACGCCGGCGUCGAGAACGGGCUCAGGGAGACGCUGCCCGUCUACUUUGUCGAGCAAGGCGACGACGUCGACAUCGGCGCGCUCGAGCGCAUCGGCGCCGAGAUCAACUCGCUCAACCCGCAGUCGGUCAUCCUCCUCGCGCCGCACGAGACCACUACCUCGCACCUCGUCGUCACAUCUGCGCCGCACGUCACGUCGGCCUCGUCGCCGCCUCUCAGCUUCCCCUCGUCGCCGCGCCUCGCGUCGGCCCUCCUCCGCUCGUUCGCGCACCUCGCCCCCUCGGGCGUGCCCGCCACCUCGUCCGCCGUCCUCGCCCUGUCGUCAACCUCGACGCGCGUCCUGCGCGCACUCGCGCUCGACCCCGACACCGAGCUCGUCAACGUGGCGCUGCCCGUCGUCGAGGCGCGCGACGCCCAGUGGGGCGCCGAGCGCUGGUGGGACGUCGGCAAGGCCGUGUAUGGCCUCUUGCACGAGAAGGACGAGGUCAAGGGCGGGCAGCGCCGCGGCGGGUACCGCAACGCGGUCGUGCUCGCGCUCGGAACGGCGGCGCCCAAGAAAAAGACCCCGUCGUCCUCGUUCGCCAAGCAGCUCGCGUCGGCGCUCGCGGACCAGACGUCGCACGCGCGCGAGCAGUCGCUCCACGCGCUGUACUCGAGCGCGAGCGGGACCAAGCCGCAGCGCGGGGUUGACGGCGCACGUGUCGCGCUGUAUGCGGCUGUCGCGGCGGCGGGAGAUGGCGAGGGCGAGCCGCUCGAGGGAGGAGCUGGGUGGAGGCUCGGGCAUUUGCCGGUGCGGUGAGAGCGGUCUUGCAACUCGAGCCAAGGACUCUCGACUUCUC